AUGUACAAACUCCCGCCCGUCCGGGUCCUCUGUCCCACGCUUUGGUGUCUCGGUGCUAGCGGCCUCAUCUACAUAGGCUGCGCCGCCUACGAAGUCCACCAAAAUGUCCGAGCCGCUCAAAAGGGACGUCUGAGUCAGUCUAACCGACGGCCGACUGUCCUGCCCACGGUGGAAUCUCUAACGGAGCUAUGGCGAGGUCUUAGCGGCCCGCAAAGGAUGAUCUACAGCACCGUCGGCUUAAACACGACUCUCUUCGGAAUGAGCACCAUCGUGCCGGCCUUUGGGAGGCAUUUCGAACAUGUACCCUGCUUGCCGAACAACUACACCUUCUUUACCUCCAUGUUCGGGCACAUGGGGAUAUGGCACCUAGGCUUCAACAUGUACGCCCUACUCCAGUUCGCCAUGCCCGUAAGCGGGAGCCGGACCUUCGACGGCAGCGGGAGUCAUCUGACGGCCUUCUACCUCUCCUCGGGCGUCAUGGCGAGCCUAGCGCACCAUCUCUCCACCAUCUGGCCGAACCCGAUGCAUCUCAUGAGCCCUGGGCUCGGAGCCAGUGGUGCCAUCAUGGCCAUCAUCGGUGCCUUCGGCAUGACGUACCACGACGCGGGCAUCGGUAUUAUGUUCCUGCCCGGGUCGGUGCCGGCGCAGCAGGCGUUGGCGGGGCUCGCGCUGUUCGAGGCCUAUGGGUUGUUCGUGGGCAUCAAGUUUCUGCGAUUCGCGCAUGGGGCCCAUUUGGCGGGGUUGGGCAUCGGGGCGGCGUAUGUGUAUUUCGGUGGGAAGAAGCAUGUGUGGACGCCGACGAGGAGGUUUGCAUUUAACCAGAUGAGGCGGUUCAAGAUGAUUUGA